AUAAUAAUGAUUUAAAUUCAGUUAAUACAUUUAGUGCAAAGCUUAGUACAACUUCACCGCUUAUCGAACCUUCUCUACAUCACACUAAUUUAAAAUCAUUAGAAAAAAUUCCUGAUAAAUAUCAUUUAAUAACACCACCAGUAUCUAGUGGUUCUUUAUCUCCAAAAGUUGUUGAAUCCUUAAGUAUGCAACCUUUAGGAUCUGAUGUAUUAACAAAUAAUGUUAAAUCAUCUAUUAAAUUACCACCUCUUGAUAAUAAUUCAAAUAUAUUUAGUAAUAACAAUGAAAGUGAUGAACCUCUUUAUAUUACUAUAAGACCUAAUAAUUCAAGAUCUCGUUCAUAUUCUGAUUUAACUUUAAAUGAUAAAAAAGAAAUUAUUUCACCAAUUAUAAUACCUAAAGAAAUUAUUUCACCAAUUAUAAUACCAAAAGAAACUCCUCCUUCAUCUGAAAUUUCAUCUCCUUUAACUAUUAUUUCUCAAUCUUCUACUCCAAUUAAUCUUUCAUCUGAAAAUCAAAAAUCAAAACUUUCUAGAAUUCCAACAGGUCGUCGACCAAUUAAAUUUCAAAGUCCUACUCAAGAAAUUCCUGAUACUCCUAUCUUAUUAUCAGAUGAUUCUAUCUUUUUUAAUAAAGAAAAGAAAUUUAAUUUACAACCUAUUCAAAGAAUUCGUAAAGAUUCUAAAGCUAGUGAAAGUAUGUCUGAUGAUGCAAAAGAUAUAAAUAUUAAAUCUAAUUAUUCAAGAUCUACUAGAAUUAAAGAUAAUGAUGAUGAUGAUAAACCAUUACAAACUCAAACUUAUAUUCCUGAUGAUAAACAAUCUCGAACUAAGAAUAUUGAUAAUGAAGAACGUGGUAGAACUAAAUCAAGAGUAAAUGAAAUUGAUGAACGUGGACGUGCUAAAUCUAAAGUUCGUGAAAUUGAUGAACGUGAACGAGCUAAAUCAAGAGUUCGUGAAAUUGAUGAACGAGAAAGAGCUAA